AUGGCUGCUCCCAUUUCCACCAUUGCAGAGAGCAAAGAGCUCCGCGGUCUCAAUCUCAUCGCAGCUCAUUCGCAUAUUCGCGGCCUCGGCGUCGAUGCUGAUACCCUGCAACCCAGGGCAUCCUCCCAGGGCCUUGUUGGUCAGGAAAAGGCGAGAAAGGCAGCAGCGGUGAUUCUGCAGAUGGUCAAGGAAGGGAAAAUCGCUGGUCGUGCUGUUUUGAUCGCCGGGCCUCCUAGCACAGGAAAAACUGCCAUCGCGACGGGCAUGGCCCAGUCUUUGGGCUCCGAUGUGCCGUUCACCACACUUGCCGCAUCAGAAAUCUUUUCCCUGGAAAUGUCCAAGACGGAGGCGCUCACUCAAGCAUUCCGCAAAUCUAUAGGUGUUAGGAUCAAGGAAGAAAGUGAAAUUAUUGAGGGCGAGGUGGUGGAAAUUCAGAUUGAUCGAAGUGUGACUGGGACCCAGGGCAACAAACAAGGAAAACUUACGAUCAAGACAACCGACAUGGAGACUAUAUAUGACAUGGGCACCAAAAUGAUUGACUCCAUGACACGAGAACGAGUGAUGGCUGGCGACGUCAUUUCCAUCGACAAGUCUUCAGGCAAGAUCACCAAACUAGGUCGUUCUUAUACGCGGUCGAGAGACUACGAUGCCAUGGGCCCUGAUGCCAAAUUCGUGCAAUGCCCAGAGGGAGAACUUCAGGUGCGCAAAGAGAUUGUGCACACUGUUAGUCUUCAUGAGAUAGACGUGAUCAACUCUCGCACACAAGGCUUCCUUGCUCUUUUCUCGGGUGACACAGGUGAAAUUAGAAGUGAGGUCCGAGAUCAGAUCAACACCAAAGUUGCUGAAUGGAAAGAGGAAGGCAAAGCUGAGAUAAUUCCUGGCGUCUUGUUCAUCGAUGAGGUUCACAUGCUCGAUAUAGAGUGCUUCUCAUACAUCAACCGAGCGCUUGAGGCAGAACUAGCCCCGAUAGUGAUCAUGGCAAGCAACCGCGGCAACACACGUAUCCGAGGGACCAACCAUCGCUCACCGCAUGGUCUUCCCCUUGAUUUUUUGGACCGUGUAGUUAUCGUCAGUACUCAGCCUUACACUUCUGACGAGAUCAGACAGAUAUUAGCCAUUCGAGCUCAAGAAGAGGAGGUUGAUUUGUCACCUGACGCUUUGGCUCUGCUUACUAAAAUAGGACAAGAGUCCGGGUUACGCUAUGCCAGCAACAUCAUCACCACGUCUCAGUUGCUUAGUGAAAAGCGCAAGGCCAAAGAAGUUAGCAUUGAUGAUAUACAACGCAGCUUCCGAUUAUUUUAUGACCCGUCGAGAAGUGUCAAAUUCGUGGGUGAAUUCGAGAAACGCUUCAUCAGCGAGGCUGGCGAUGUGAACCUUGCGUACGCCAAUGGGGACGCAAUGGAAAUAUCCUAA